AUGGGAUCCACGUCAUAUUACCCAGCGCGUUCAGUGCUUUUCCGGAAGGAGCCAAGCGGAGUGACAUAUCGUGUUCCUGCCUUGCUCUAUCUGCCCCGCUUCACCCGCUUCCUGGUUUUUUGUGAGGAGAGACUGAGCCCAUCUGAUGCACAAGCACACCUGCUAGUGAUGCGCAAGGGCACCUUCUACAGGAACUAUGUGGAGUGGGAGGACAUGCAAGUGUUAAACACUGCUCGCCUGAAAGGAUACCGCUCCAUGAACCCCUGUCCAGUGUAUGAUGACUUCACUGGAACCCUCUUUCUCUUCUUCAUUGCCGUGCUGGGCCACACCACAGAGUCCUACCAACUGGUGACGGGUAAGAAUGUGACCCGACUCUGCUAUGUGUCCAGCAGUGACCAGGGUGACACCUGGAGCCCAGUCACUGACCUCACCAAGAGGGUCAUAGGAGACACCAUCAAAGAGUGGGCCACCUUUGCUCUUGGACCUGGCCAUGGUAUACAACUGAAGUCUGGCCGUCUCUUGAUCCCAGCCUACUCUUACCACAUUGACUGCAAGGAGUGCUUUGGAAAGAUCUGCAAGACUACACCCCACUCCUUCUGUUUCCAUAGUGACACACAUGGGCGGGUAUGGAGGUUUGGGGAGGCAGUUCCAGGACCAGAGAGUGUGGAAUGUCAGAUGGUGUCUGUGGAUGAAGAGGAUGGGACUAAUGUGCUGUACUGUAAUGCCCGGAGCACGCUUGGGUAUAGAGUCCAGUCUCUGAGCCUUGAUGAUGGAGCUGUUUUUCAGCAUGGGCAGCUGAUACAGAAACUGGUCGAGCCCAGGAAUGGUUGCCAUGGCAGCGUGAUCGGGUUCCCGGCUCCGCUUCGUCUUCUGCCGCAGUCUGAGUCCCUGUCCAAGCAUUUGGUGUCCUCCGUCACUCCACCAACCAACGCCACUUUUUCUGCCUCAGCUCCGGUUCCAUCCCAGAACUUCCUCACACCCACCUGGGUAAUAUACUCCCACCCAACAUGGCCUGACUCAAGACAGGACCUUGGCAUCUACCUCAGUCUCCUGCCACGGGACCCCGACAGUUGGUCUGGGCCGUGGGUUAUCUAUGAGGGCCCCAGUGCUUACUCAGACCUGACUUACAUAGAGCUUCAGUCAGAUGGAGAUCCACCAGUCAUUGCCUUUGCCUGCCUGUUUGAAUGUGGUAAGAAGACAGCCUACGAUGAGAUCUCUUUCUGUAUCUUCACUCUCCAUGAGCUCAUCAACAACCUGCCACAAAACAAACCUCGCUCCAGAAAGGAGGACUUGGGGUCAAUAAAAAGGAGGAGAAAGAGGACGAGGAGGAAAGGGAGUGGACUCUGUAGUAUUUGCUAA